GAUUUACACUCUAAAAAUAUAGUAAUACAUCAGGGUGAAGCUAAAAUUAUUGAUCUUGGUAUUGCAAAAAGUACGGAAACCGAGACACAUCUUCAUUCGGGCGUAUUUGGAAUGAUUUCAUAUAUAGAUCCUAAAUUAUUAGAGGAUUAUACAUACAAAUAUAAUGAUAAAUCUGAUAUUUAUAGUUUAGGAGUUCUUAUGUGGGAAUUAUCUAGCGGUUAUCCUCCUUUCAUUAACAAUGAAAAUGAAAAUCUUUUAAGAAUUCAUUUAAUUGGUGGUCGUAGAGAAGAACCAAUACCUGAUACACCCGACGAAUACUUGAAAUUAUAUAAAUUAUGUUGGGAUUCUGAACCCGAAGUGAGACCAACUAUUAGUAAGGUUUUUACUAAAUUAGGAAAGAUGUUAGGUAUUCAAGAUGAUGCUAAUGAUGAUAAUGACAACGAUGAUAAUAAUGAUAUAAAAGAUUCUAAUAAUGAACAGAAAAAUGACAAUAAUACAGUUUACGAUGUUCAUAAUGAUUGCGAUGAUUUAUUCAUUCCAUCUGAUGACGAUGAUCAAUAAUAUAUUUAUUUUAUUUAAUUGAAAACAUAAAAUACUCAAAUCAUUUUAUAUAUUUAAAUAUUAUUUUAAACUAAA